UUCCAUCAUCAUAGUCGGUGAACAAGUGCAGAAAUCAUGAAUCACCAGUGAGGGCCUUAAAUAGAAGCAUAUAUUGUUUAUUCCAGACGAUUUAAGUACUUGCCCCGCUGUCCGCUAUAAUUUCUUUGGCGCAACGUUUGCUGGAUUACCAUAUAAAGUUGCUAGUUUUUAAGCUGAAGAACUGAUAUUGUAAUUUUGUGGUUUUAAGGUCGGAUCGUUAAAUCUGCAAGGCUCGGUUAAACUUGUACUUCUUAUGAAAGAUGGCUGACAACGGAACACACCCGACCGAAGAAGACCCAGCCGCUGCUUUCCUGGCCCAACAGGAGAGUGAAAUAGCUGGAAUUGAAAACGACGGAGAAGGAUUUGGGGCGCUGGAAGGAGCGGACGAUCUGCAGCCGUCUCAUCCGCAGACGGCCAACUAUGACCUCUUUGGAGAAGAGCCUACAGCAAUGAAUGGAGAUAUGUUUCAGGAGUCCAACGGCCCAACAGACAACUAUGCAGCCAUCGCCCAGGUGGACAUUCAGAGACAAGAGCCGGAAAGUUUACGCAAGUGGAGGGAGGAGCAGAAGACACGCCUUGAAGCAUUAGACUCAGCUUCCAAGGCAGCAGAGGUAGAAUGGAGGGAGAAAGCAAAGAAGGAGCUGGAGGACUGGCAUGUACACCAGAAUGAGCAGAUGGAGAAGAAUAAGGCCAACAACAGACUCUGUCCAAGUCUGGCACGGAUUGCUGACAAGGCUUUCUACAAACAGCCCAACUCUGAUGUUAUAGGCUUUGUAUCGUCAGAAGAGGCUUUCCUGGCGGAGACUGACGGCGACAGUCCGGGAUCCGAAUGGGAGCGAGUUGCUCGUCUCUGUGAUUUCAAUCCAAAAACCAACAAGCAGGCAAAGGACGUCUCUCGAAUGCGCUCCGUCCUCAUCUCUCUCAAACAGACGCCUCUAGUUCGCUAGACAUCGUUUGCAGACUUUUCUUCUAGUAACAUUGCCUUUUCAGUUUUAACCUCACAUUACAUACAAAUAAUUUGUAUGCCCUUUUGUUUUUUCAUAUUCCCCAGUAUGUUUAUAACCUUUUAAAAACUUCCUGCCUCUCUUGUGGCCUAUUAUAUUCUAAUAAUAUACUUAACUUGAUGCUCCUGUGAGAAACUGUUACAUUAUAUUUUACUUGGUCAGCAGUAUCACCACUAUACUAAGGAAAUAUUGUUACUUUAAGUUAAACAUUUUUCUUCCCCCUUUAACUUUUAAAUUAUUAAGUUAACUUUAUUGCAUGUCUCUACUAAUAUUUUAAAUGCCCAGUUUUUACUGUAGUUUUAUAAAUCAACAUUUAGGUAUUACAGAUUAGAUUGUAACCACUUAUGCCUCUUAGAAUCAUACACACAUUUUUCACUGUCACUGCAUGGCAUCCCCGAUUAUCAUAUUUAAGGUAGCUAACAUGCCUCUUUUACAAACUUAAGAUUGUGGCCUUUCUGCUCUAGCUCUUCACUUUGAGUAUGAUGCUAGAUGGUUUUACUCUAAAAUUGGGCGAGAUUCCAGGAAAAACAAACAAAAAAAAAAAAAGAUGAAUCGCAACCAAAGACUUCCAUCAUCUAAAUUUGGAGCUCACGAUUUACACCUUGUUUCUUAUUUCAGAUUUUUCAUCAUUUCUGUGUUAAACAAACACAUUAUAGAUUUUAAAUACAGCAAAAUGUCAUUUUCAAAAGUGAUGUCUGCACAUUGCUUCACAUGUUGCCUAUUUGGACAUAAUGAAUAUUAAAACAGUGAAUGUUAAAAGGGAACUGGAAAAUAAAAAGUUUGAGUCUGA